UAGUUUGGACGCUUUUGGUUUCCAAAAUAGUUUAAAGAAUUUUUAAGAAAAUUGUACGAUAUAUUUUGAUAAAGGAGUUUAAACAUGCCGCCAAGAAAAGCUAAGAAAUCUGAAGCAAAGAAACUUGUCUCAGUUUCGAGAUUCAGGUGUUUACGAGUAACGAAACGUAUCUCUAUUCGCGAGUUUUUCAAGGCAAACGACUUGGAAUUUGCAACAGGAAAAGGAUUUUACCAGCUCACAAAGCCAGAAACUAUCCAGGGUAAUAAAGAAAUUAUCGUGAGAAGAAAGUCUGAUGGCAAAAUUGUGACUGGCGACGAGGUACGUGAUGUCCUGGAUAUUCCCAAGGCAACUGCCAAGUUUAAACUAGAUCGUGAAAAGCUGCAAGAUUUUGAUGUGUUUGUCCAGUCAACAUCAUACAAUCGUAUUUUGGUACAAGAUUCGGAUUUCUUGUAUGAUACUGGAGAAUCCGACGCAAAGGAUGGUGCUGGCACCCCCAGUACAUCAACUGAUACAGGUGCCAAAGAAAAAACCAAACCUGUGAAAAGAGGCAGAACUGCCAAAGGCGGUGGAAAGGCUGAAGAAAAGAGUGACACAGAGAAAGUUGAUGAGGCAAAAGAGGACGAGGCAGAACCAUCGCCAAGUAAAAAGCCAAGACCAGCCACUGUAACCAACCCAACUGAAACAUCUGGUGUUAAAGAAAUUGUGUUUUCUUUUGAUACAACAGGGUCCAUGUAUCCUUGUCUCACACAGGUUCGACGUAAAGUUGCAGAGACAAUAAAACGUGUUUUUCAAGACAUUCCUAACAUCAGGGUGGCAGUGUUUGCACAUGGUGAUUAUCAGGACAAGGAAAGUACAUACGAUACGAAAUGGGUAGAUUUUACUACUGACGAGAAUAAGCUCUGUACGUUUGUAAAGGAUGUAUCUGCAACAUGUGGCUAUGAUUUUGAGGAAUGUUAUGAACUUGUAUUAAGACAGGUUAGGACGGAGCUGUCGUGGAGUCCAAAUUCUCAACGUGCUCUGGUAAUGAUCGGAGAUGCACCUCCACAUGGUCCCGCGUACCAUCUCAAUACCCUCAAAAUCAACUGGAAAGAUGAAGCCAAGACGUUGUAUGAAGAUAUGAAUGUUCAUAUUUAUGCAGUCCAAGCUUUAGGGAACGCUUCCUCCACUUCAUUUUACAGUGGACUGGCGAAAAUUACAAGUGGUUGGCAUCUAAAGCUGGAUCAAUUUGCAUCAAUUGUGGAUUUCCUGACCGCCAUUUGCUACAGAGAACAGUCGAUAGAGCAACUACAAGCAUUUGAAGAGGAAGUAAAAAGACGCGGGAAAGGUGCUGGUAUGAACCGUUCAUUACAUGCAUUGUUUGACACCCUCGCUGGUCGAGAAGUUUCAACUUAUAAAGAAGCGGUAUCGUGUGAUCUGGUGCCAAUCAGUCCUUCUCGAUUUCAAAUACUUGAUGUAGACGAGCGUAUCGAUAUUAAAACAUUCGUUCAACGCAACAGUCUGUUAUUUCGCACUGGGCGAGGUUUUUACGAAUUCACGAAGGCUGAAAAGAUCUCGGAUAAAAAGGAGGUUGUAUUGGUAGAUAAGGUCUCUGGUGACAUGUAUACUGGGCCUGAAGCAUGCAGAAUGAUUGGCGCUGGUGGCACGGGCAAAAUUAAGCCAACUGAUCUGGAGAAAUGGCGGGUUUUUGUUCAAAGUACGUCAUAUAAUCGUGUACUGAUGCCAGACACGGGAUUUCUCUAUGAGGUUGAUCCUGAUCACUAAAUUGGUUGUAAUUCAGAUUGCCAUGAAAGUCCGAAUGAUAUUGUCGCAUAUAAUAAGACCAUGGCGUUCUUAUUCC